AAGGUAUAUGUGCUGCGUCACAGUUCGCUUUCGUAGUCCGUAUAGAUGCGAGUGUCUCUUCGGUGGAUAGAGUUCUACGCUCGCUAUCAUCGCGAUGACAGAUUCACGAAGCUGGCACGAUGAUGAUAGCGACAUAGAAUGUCAGCACGAAUUAACUAGUGAGGACAAAGAAUACGCGGCGGUACAUUUGAACGAGACUGAUAACAAUAGAGAGAACGCAAUCACAGAAAUAAAGUGUUGGAUUCAGGAGAGUAAUGAUUUGUGCGCACGAACAGAUGACUUUUUUAUCUUACGAUUUUUGAGAAUCUGCAAAUUUAACAUGGAGAAAACUAAGACUAGGAUGCGAAACUAUUAUAAACAACGAUUCGAUUUACCAGAAUGGUUUGCAAACAGAAAUCCAUUCCAGCCAGAAAUGCAAGAACUGCUUAAACUUGGGAUAUUUUUAUUCUUACGAAAGCCAGACGAUCAAGGAAGAAUAGUGAUUAUUAUACGUGAAGGACAGAAUAAUCCGAAAGUGCAAAAAUUAUCGGACUUAAUUAAGAUCGGUAUAAUGAUUAUGGACGUGAUAUCGAAGGACUACGUACCAACAUCCUUGUACGGUUCCGCGCUGUUUAUCGAUUUAGACGGCGUAACCUCGCGUCACUUGAUGCAACUACAGCCUCGCGUUGUGAUGAACUUAAUCCAUUCAUGGCAGGGUUGCUAUCCUUUAAGGAUCCAAUCGAUUAAUUUCAUCAACGCGCCCAAGUAUGCUGAUAUAGGGAUAACGAUUUUUAAAACUUUCAUGAACGAGAAGCUGAAGCAAAGAUUGCACGUCUAUACACGCGAUGAAACUGUGAUGCAUAAAUGUUUCAAAGAUAUUCCGAUUAAUAUCCGACCGCUCGAAUAUGGUGGCACCGAUGGUACAAUCCAAGAAAUAAUAGAAUAUACAAAGAAGUUUGUCGAGAAACAUCGUGAUUGGUAUAUUGAUGAUGAGAAAUACAAGUUUAUUUCUAAUUAGUAAUUUGAGAUAAAUCAUGAAUUAUAAUUCUGCGCAUUAAAGGGAGAAUGGAAAUUAUGAAAAAGACAAAAUAUAUCAAUUAAUUGGCGAUAAAACGAUACAGAGCGAAGAAAAGGAAUGUAUUGUUAUUAUGAUGCGAUGAUGAGUAAAAUGGGAUUGAAAUUUUCCCAAUUUUGUUUAUAUAAGUAAAAUAAA